AUGGAGACAUGGCAUGGUUUAAGUACACGGGAAGUACAAAGUGUUGAUUCCAGUCUACCUCAGUGUGUAAAAGUGGGAAGCAAUGAGCUCUUAGCCUUGCACUCCGAUGGGGAUGUUGUGAUUGGAGGGUUUUUCCCUCUGCAUUAUGCUGCGUCUAAGCCACAGCACAGCUACAACAGCAAACCUCAAAUUAUAUCUUGCAGUGGCUUUGACCUCAGAGCCUUUCACUGGAUGAUGACUAUGGUUUUCACUGUGGAAGAAAUUAAUCGAAAUUCAAGCCUGUUACCAGGUGUUAAACUAGGCUACCGGAUUAUGGACAGCUGUGAUCAUGUCCACACCGGUCUACAAGCUCUUCUUUCCUUAGUCACAAAUUACAUGAAAGAAAAUGCAACAGAAGAGAUGACGACAAGACAGUCUUCCACAUGUCUGUAUUAUUCUCCUGUUCCUGCUGUGAUUGGUCUUGCAUCCUCUUCCCCUUCAAGAGCUGUAGCUCACACACUUGGCCCUUUCAAUAUACCACUGGUGAGCUAUUUUGCCACUUGCAGCUGUCUUACUGACAAGCAUUUGUACCCAUCAUUCUUGAGAACUGUGCCAAGUGAUCUCUUUCAAGUUCAAGGUCUCGUAAAGCUCGUCACUUACUUCGGCUGGUUCUGGGUGGGCACAAUAGGAGCUACGGAUGACUACAGUCUGUAUGGCAUCCAAACAUUCUCUAAUAGGUUCGUACAGCAAGGUGGCUGUGUGGCAUUUCAUCUCACUAUUCCAACAUCCCCCAAAGUGGCUGAGAUUCAAGAAAUGGCAGACAAACUGCAGAGUUCAACUGCUCGGGUUGUGGUGAUCUUUGCCAAAGAAGUGGAUCUGCUGGAUUUGUUCUUAGAACUUGCUCAGAGGAAUGUGACAGGGAUACAGUGGGUAGUCAGCGAAGCCUGGAUGAAUGCUAUUUGGCUGACUUCUCCUUACUUCCAAACUCUCAUAGAAGGAACACUGGGCUUCUCAUUCCCUGGAGUUAGCAUCCCUGGCUUGAAAGAGUUUCUUAUGAAUGUUCGACCCUCUCCCAAACCUGGGAUGGAAAUUGUCAAUAUGUUCUGGGAAGAUCAUUUUGGUUGCAAACUUGAGUUUGAAGAUAAAAAUGAUGAAGGUGCAAUGGAAACGCCGAUAUGUACAGGUUCAGAGGAUCCGAGAUACACUGACAGUAGUUACAGUGAUGUGUCUCAGGUCAGAAUAUCCUAUAAUGUGUAUAAAGCUGUGUACGCUGUUGCCCAUGCUCUGCACACCUUUUUGAACUGUGAUUCUGCAGAACCUAACAAGGGAUUGUGUGAGAAGCACAGCUCAUUUACAACUGGUCAGUUUCUUCAUCAUCUGAAGAUGGUAAAUUUCACCAACCAGUUUAAUGAAGAAGUAUAUUUCGAUUCCAAUGGAGAGCCAGUCCCUCUGUAUGACAUCAUUAACUGGCAGAAGGACAUCAAGGAUGAAAUUCGAUUUAUCAAAGUGGGAAGCUGGGAUGGUUCAGCUCCACAGGGAGAACAGCUGCAGAUCAUGAAGAACACUAUUGUAUGGACAACAGGACAGUCACAGGUUCCUGUAUCUCAGUGUAGUGCUCCAUGUCCACCUGGCAGCAGGCAGGCCACACGCCGAGGAGAGCCCAAAUGCUGCUUUGAUUGUUUGCCCUGUGCAGAUGGAGAAAUCAGCAACCAGACUGGUUCUACUGAGUGCACAAAAUGUCCUGAGUACUACUGGUCAGACAAAGAGAAAGUGAAAUGUGUUGCAGGGGAAGAGGAAUUUCUGUCUUUCAGUGACACCAUGGGUAUCAUCCUGGUUGUUCUCACCCUGCUGGGUUUCAUCCUGACGACCAUCAUCACCAUUGUCUUUCACAGUUUCCGCUAUACACCCAUCGUGAAGGCCAACAACUCUGAAAUAAGCUUCUUGCUUCUCCUGUCACUCAAGCUCUGUUUCCUGUGUUCUCUGGUGUUCAUUGGUCAGCCAUCUUGGUGGACAUGUAGGCUCCGCCAGGCAGCAUUUGGGAUCAGCUUUGUCCUGUGUCUGUCCUGCCUCCUUGUUAAGACCAUUGUGGUCCUCCUGGCUUUCCGGACCAAUGUACCUGGUACCAGGGGUCGGAAGCUGUUUGGUUCAUCUCAACAGAGGAUUCUCAUCUUGUGCGCUACAGCUCCUCAGAUCUGUCUCUGUACUGGCUGGAUGUUGGGAGCACCUCCCGUUCCAUUCAGGAACCCACACUACCAAGCUUCAACUGGAAAAAUUGUUGUGGAGUGUAAAGAGCCAUGGCCUCCUGGAUUUUACCUGCUCCUUGGUUACAUUGGCCUGCUGGCCUUUGUCUGCCUCCUCCUGGCAUUCCUUGGACGGAAGCUACCGGAUACAUUCAAUGAGGCAAAGUUCAUCACCUUUAGCAUGCUGAUUUUCUGGGCCGUGUGGAUUUCUUUCAUCCCAGCAUAUGUCAGCUCUCCUGGGAAAUUCUCUGUGGCAGUGGAAAUAUUUGCUAUACUAGCCUCAAGUUUUGGACUGUUACUGUGUAUUUUUGUGCCUAAAUGUUACAUCAUUUUACUGCAGCCAGAGAGAAAUAUCAAGAAAGGCAUGACUGUAAAAUAUUCAAGAUGA